AUGAAGAAGGUGACUUCAAUAUGUCACUCGUUUUCCGCGUGUAUGGUCGCUCUAAAUAAGCAGAAUCGUCGUCUGACAGAUCUUCAAAUGAUAACAGUUCAUGAUGCUUUGCGUAGCUUGGAAGAAGUUCCGAUAGUUCUAUACACCGCUACUGAGAUCGGAAUGCGGCUUCUUUCAAAAAUUAGAUCCUGUGAUACACUCUACUGUGAAAGUAUACUGGAAUGGGUAAGGCUACCUCGGCAAACUACCUUUAUGGACAAAUAUGGCAUCUGGUUUGGUAAAGAAACCAUAGAAGAGUGUUUUAGUUUUUUACAUCUGAGCACUUCGGCGAGCUGGGAACGCCUUGGUCUCACGAAUGAAGAAAUGGAAGAUCUACUGACCUUGAAUGAGCGAGUUAUGGGGGCGGAAUUCCAGAAAGUCCAUAGGCCAGAGGGUAAUAUCGUCUUUUUCGACCCGGCGGUUUGGUUUCUCAUUCGUUCGGAGAUCAAUCGCUCAGUCACGUUAUUUGGUGAUCAAGGCGUUUGUGCCACUGAUGGUUACUUCACACAAAAGCUGGAUGCACUUACGACUGAAUAUUCCACACAGUUGGCAGCAGAAACAAUGAACGAUUAUUUCAGUGGUUCUUGGAACGGGAUGCACAGAGAACUGUUUCACCUAGAUGGCAAUCCAAUCAGGGCAAUCACCGUUGCAAAACAAGGCGUAUGCUAUGUUUAUGCGGAAAUGAAUAAGUUUCCUGACUAUCAAGGUCUGGAGUUUAAUACACGUCACAUAAGACAUUCGUUUUUGGCAUUACUCCAUAUCAGCCGUUUCAUGUUGAUUGGUACACGGAUACUCUUCAAUUUCAGUUGGCUACAUGGCGCCCUGUUUGCUUUAGGAAUCGACUUCGUACUCCAUUGCUUGGAUACAUUUGAACAACGUGCUAGUUUGUCCUCCGUUGAAACCGGCAUUUCCUCUCCUAUGUUAAUCCACUUGCGACUGGAAACUGAACUGUUGACCAAUGCUUUGAUGCGCUCGCGUUACACAUUGGACGCUCACCCAGAAAUGCUUCCCACGGAAUUAAUCGGGCAACUAUUACCGUUUGCGCGGGUAUCAAGAAGCGCUUCCCAAGAACAAAUGGGAAUUUGGACGGCUCAACUACUCCGGGAUUGUGAACGAGCCGCUGGGCUUCACAGUAUCUUGGUCCCAAUCCAUUCCUUUCCACUGGUCCCGACUAACCCACUAUUGAAACAAGUGACCUGUUCCACACCUUUGAGUAGCAUGUUCGUACACAGGGGAAGUCAGAUUUUUAUGAAACUGUGCAACGAUUCAAAAGUCUACAGAUAUGAUUUCAGGACGCAUAGUCGACUGACCGACUGUGAAACAAGCCCUGGAAAGCUACUUUCUAGUCCAAACGGACAAUUUGGUGUUAUCGUCGAUGAAAACAUUGGGGGUUGUGUAAACGUUUUUCAACUGGAUGUUGAUACUAACAGGGAAAUGCCACUUCUAGGUCAAAUCAACAUAGAGUUUUGGAUUGCUGCCGGACUGACGGGUAAUCUUGAUUCCAAACCUCUCCAUGUGAAUGUUUUAGAUGUUGAUAUCACAAAUACACACGUUGCGUUUCUCUGCAAAACCAAGGAUAUAUUAUUCCAAUUUGAGGUGACCGAUCCGGAAUCAGGGGAACCGGGGAGGAUCCCUGAUUUUGUAGAAAUCAAAGAAAUAUUAGAAAACAAAACAAUUAACCAUAUCGCAAUCUUUGAACUCGCAACCGGAAAACCUGUUAAAAUAUUGGGUGCUUUUCCAAAAGCCGACUUUGUCAAACUUGUGCCAGCAUCCAUGCUUUCAGCUUAUGGGACUUCAUCUUCGGAGAAAGAGGAAGAAGAAACCGAAGACCCAGUGUUCCUCGUCAAUUCGGGUGAACAAGUGCUUUGUCUUCGCACAGUAUCUGGUGAACAAUUAUUCUCCAUUGAUCUGGGAGCUGUCCCAAAGAGGUGCCUUUUGUCCCCGGUUUCAUCCGUCAUGUUCAUUUUGUGUGAUAAAGUAUCAACCAUAGUUCGGAUGCAGUUGGAGCCUACGGGAAGACUUCAUAAAUCCCAAAAGAUAUCAUUUCAGAAUGUCCUUGACAGUGAGCUCAUUCAAGAUAUCAAACCGUCCGACUGUUUGCCACUUGUUUUGAUCCGAAAUGAGAAGUGUAUCUUGAUCUACGAUUACGAGGCCGAAACUCUAGUCUGUCGUGUUAACCGACCUAAAGGAAUCCCUCAACAGUUUCGUUUACCGAAUUCCGAACAGCGAGAACUCCGUUUUACCGCGGCAGCAUUUGCUCUGGGUGAUCAGAUUGUGGUCGCCGCCGUGUUCCGUCAUGUCAUUCUUUGGGACAUUCGAUCCGAUACACCUUUGGCAAUGUUGAACGCUCCAAUAACCGUUGUCACUGACCUACUGGUGAUCGAUUCCGGGAGGCAGUUGAUUGGCUACGGUGCCUUGAAACAUGAACUCUAUGUGUGGGACCUACCACUUGCUUUAGCACAGUCUUCACUAAUGCAAAAUGUCUACGGAACCUAUAGCGGGAAUGCAAAUAAAAUGGACUGUCUGACCUGUCCCCCGAAGGAGAUAGUAGUUUCUUCCAAGUUUGACCGCAUUCUUGUUCGCUGCUUACAAAGCGAUGAAGUUGGCGUUUUCAGUCCGGUAACGGGUCAGUUGCUAGAUUUAUACACUCACGACCAUGUGGUUAGUUCUGUUCUGAUAAGUGCCUGUGGUCAGUAUGCCUUUGUGGGACUGGACCAUGAGACUGAUUCGAAGACAGCUUUAGUCAACCUGGUGUGGUCUUUAGAAACUCGUCACCUACUGCUACAGUAUGGAGAGGUUUCCGGAUAUCACCUGGCUCCACAUAGACAGCCUUGCACAUUUUUCCAACUAAUUCCGUCUGAUGAACUGGAAACUUUUACGAUGGUAUCGGAUAAAAAUUCCUACAACCUACUGCGUUUGUGCAUACAAACGUCUUCUGACUGCCAAACUUACGUCUGCAUCAGACCAGUUGAAAGUGUCUUGAUCCCAGAAAUCUGUCAACACUCGAAGCCAUUUAUCACGUCAGACGAUCAGUAUCUGAUUGCACUGGUUUGCCAAAAGAGGGAACACUCAAAUGAACAGUCGACAUGUGUUGUGGCAAUCACCAGUCUGUGUGAAACAGAUUCAUACGUUUGGUAUAUCACGCCAGAGAUGAUGACAGUUCAGUCAUUUGAUCCCUUGUCAGUAAACAAUAUUUUGUCAUGUGCUCCUGUACAAUUUGGAUCAGAUGUCUUAUUACUGAUGUGCACUGAUGUCGCUCCAUUCUCGAUGGAUUGUGAAAAUGCUGUCUGUGUGAACAGGUUCCUUAGUUUGGUGCAGUUUUCACCCACAAGUGAUCAGAUCAUCAUAUUGAGAAUGAUUACAGAACUCUCUCUAGAAUCCCCUGUUACUGCGUUCUACUUGUCACCAACUGGCAACGCACUAUAUGAAGAGGCUCAGUGUAGUAUUUAUCGAUUUCCUGCCAGCACUGAUCACUCCGUAGUGCGACUGACCCAAGAUGCUGAGAUACUUUCGAUAAAUUCCAAAAUUCAAAACAAACAGGCCUUACAUUUUCGCGGAUUUGUCUGCAAUGAUCUACUCUGCGUUUUCUCCGUUGCCUCCCUUAUGUACCUGCUAAAACUAACCCCAUUUGAAGUCGUGGCUACGGUUGACGUGCACCAUCUUAUUGCUACAACUACACUCGCUGGAACUACAAAUAACCUGAUUUUUGUAGGUUCUGAGGAAGGCUACCUGCUAAGCUUCUUCAUAAGUGAUCCGAAUAAUGUUGAGUCAAACUUACGUGAGAUCAACCGGCUUCGAAAGUUGUCGAACCCUUUGAAGACACGUACACUUCAUGAGUCUAUGUCGGAAGAUAAAGUAGAAGACAAUGUAUUUGUCAGAUCACGCACAUGGGAUAGAGAAGUUGGAGAACAGAAGUAUUUAGAUGACUGUGGGGAUUCAGAAGUGUUCACCGUCAGCGAAAUGUCUCGACUGUGUGGAGCACUUUCCGGUCCAAUUUUACCAGACUCGAUGGGAGAUAAGAGUACUUGUGUUGUAAUGUAA